AUGUCCGCUACUGAAGCCAAACCAGAGGCUACUCCUGCCGCAGAGCAGCAAAUUCCAGCUGGAGCCAAUGUUUCAAUUAUCCCAAAGCACCAAAAGCAAGCUAAAGAGCGUCUUUUGAAGCUUGGAUUGAAGCAGGUCAAGUCCAUUUCAAGAGUUACCUUCAAGAAGAAGGGUAACUUCAUCUUGGCCAUUGAGAACCCAGAGGUUUACAAGACUCAGGGUGGUUCAUAUGUUGUUUUCGGUGAGGCUAAGGUUGAAGACCUCAACAAGAGAUAUGCCGAGACUCUGGCUGCACAGAAAGCUGCUCAGAAGGCUGCUGAUGACGGAAAGGAGACUACCGAAGAUAUCAGCACCUCCGGCUCUGUUGCCGAUGCUAUCACUGAGGACCUCAAGAAAGCUUCUUUGGAAGACAAGAAAGAGGAUGAUAAGGAAGAGGAGGAAGUUGCAGAUGCCGAUGUUGACACCACUGGAUUGGAGGAGGCUGAUAUCAAGGUUGUCAUGGACCAGGCCAAUGUCUCUAAAGCCAAGGCUGUUAGUGCUUUGAGGAAAGAGAAGGGUGAUGUUGUCAACACAAUCAUGUCUUUGGCUGAUAUCUAA